UCCUUUGCCCAGAGUUUUGGGCAGGACGCAUCCGCUCAUUCAUACAUUAUAGCCGCCAAGCAUACGUUUGCGAAUGCACCUUUGCUCAUGCUCAGACAUGGAUGAAUAUAUUUCUAUGCAUAGUAAAAUCUGCAAGGUCUUAGAUUUCACCUGAUUUGGUUGGUUUGGUGGAAUCUCGGCGUAAAUGGUUUGCCCAGCAAAUUUUGCUUCCGGGCGUCGAUGCCAAGUCCAAUACACGGUGUGCAAGAUUCGGCACAUGAAAUUGAAUACAGUUGCAUGGAGAUUUGGAAUAAACAAGGAUCUCGGACACCCCACGCACUCUGCGUGGCCGUUACCCGUCUCCACUGCCUGCUUACAGCGGUCCCUUCACACAGCCCGCGGCGUGGCUACCUGCAACUCCGCAUCUGCCGCGGACGCUCUCCCCGGCGCCAGCACACCCGCAGUCUCCACCCUUGGAGUCGUAGGACCCUCCGAGUCCUCAGCCCUCCUGUCAACACCACCGGAUUCCCAUGCCGCUGCUGCCGCAGCGACCACCGCCGUCACCGCCUCCCGAACCCCAGCGGCAGUGGUCCUGGGUAUUGAAAGCAGCUGUGACGACACGGGGGUGGCUGUGGUGGCCUCGGACGGCCGUGUUCUGGGCGAGGCCAUCGCCACUCAGGCCCAUGUGCACGCGCAGUGGGGUGGAGUGGUGCCCAAUUUAGCUCGUGACGCACACGCGGCUGCUAUCGACCGGACCGUGGAUGCCGCACUAGCGGCGGCUGGACUGGAGCCCCGACAGCUGACGGCUGUGGCAGUUACCAUCGGCCCAGGGCUGGGGCUGUGCUUGCGGGUCGGCGUCGCCAAGGCGCGGCAACUGGCCCGCCAGUACGGCAUCCCGCUGGUCUCCGUACAUCACAUGGAGGCUCAUGCACUCGUAUCGCGGCUCCCACCGGCCGCGGCGGCGGCGGCGCCGCCGGCAGUACGGAUGGCGGCCACCCUUAUGACGGCAGCAGCUGCGGCAGCGACCUGCGAGUCUGCGGCAGUCGCGGCGGGUAUCGACACCGCGGCGGUGCGCGAUGACAUCAGUAACUUCGCUGCGGUGCCCUUUCCCUUUCUUUGCUUGCUGGUAUCUGGCGGCCACAACCUUCUGGUGCUGGUUCGCGGGGUGGGAAAAUAUGUGCAGCUGGGGACGACGGUAGACGAUGCACUGGGCGAAGCGUACGACAAGGUCGCUCGGCUGUUGAACCUGGAGCUGCGACCUCACGGCGGUGCGGCGCUGGAGGCUCUCGCCCGUGAAGGCGACCCGGGGGCGUUUAGGUUCGCGGUUCCCAUGCGCAAGCACGCCACCUGCGACUUUUCCUUUGCGGGUUUGAAAACCAACACCCGGCUCGCCAUCGAGCAGCAUCUCGACCCCCAGCGGACGUCCUGGAUGACCCCGGAUCAAGUCAACAAGCUCCAGGUCAAGGCCGACAUUGCGGCGUCGUUCCAGUUCGUGGCGGUGACCCACCUAACGGAGAAAACCCGCAGAGGAGUGGGCUGGGCCCGGGAGCUGGUUCCGGAGCUGCGGCACCUGGUGGUUGCGGGCGGCGUGGCGUGCAACCAGGUGGUGAGGAAGAGCCUGCAGCAGCUGGCUGAGUCUGAGGGCCUGGAGCUGGUCUUGCCCCCGGCCCGUUGGUGCACUGACAACGGCGUUAUGGUAGCCUGGGCGGGCAUUGAGCGCCUGGCGCAGGGCUGGGCGGAACCCCCGCCGCCGCCGCCGCCGCCGCCGUCAUUGUCACAGCCAGUGGGGGUCAUAGGGGCGGAGCACGAACAGACCACAGCAGCAGAAUUCCGCUCCAGGUCCGAGAGGAAUCAAGAAGCGUUAGGGACCAGUCCGGGUUCGGGGUUGGGUGCGGGAGCGGGAGUGGGGCCCGCGGUGGGGGUGGAGACGGAGUGGAUCGAGCUGAAGCCUCGGUGGCCGCUGACUUCGGAGCUUCACCCUCGGACGGCGGCUGCCCAACUGGAGCUCCGGCGCUCGGCGGCCAGGGCACUACCAGCAGUAAAUGGCCAGAAGCGGAGGGGAAAGGACAGAUCGCCGAGGAUGGUAGGUCAGCGGACGCAACAGCUGCAAUGGUAA